AUGGGCUUACUGUUUCCAGUGCAGUGUUUUAGGGAGCCGUUUGGUGUGUAUGUAACUGUAAGCUGCAUUGCACCAUCUUCUCCAGAAGUUGGAGAGUUCUCAUAUGAUAUCUCCUACAAGGUGGACGGACAAACUGUGAUUUACAAAUCCAUAGAGGCGAAGAAGAUUCUUCAAGUGAGUUUUGAAACACCGCAAGACAAUUUCAUGUUGAUCCCUACCAGUUUAUUGUCCGGUGGUGACCUGUUGGAGUUGAACCUUUGCAUCAAAACCAACGUUCUUCGGCCUAUUCCGGUGACGGAGCGAAGGAAGAAAGGUGGUAGGAUGCCAGUUCUGGAUAUCCUCGAUUGUCCCAUUUGCUUCGAAGCAUUGACGAUUCCUAUCUUCCAGUGUGAAAAUGGACAUAUAGUUUGCUCUUCUUGCUGUCCCAAGCUGAGUAACACAUGUCCUUCAUGUACUUUGCCUAUCGGCCACAUUCGCAACAGAGCAAUGGAGACUGUUGUUGAACCCACCUUUGUCCGUUGCCGAAACGCCAAGAUUGGAUGCAAGAAGAAGUUUACUUAUGGGAAAGAAUCGGAGCAUGAGAAGAAAGAAUGCAACUUCUCUCCGUGCUCAUGCCCUGUACAAGGCUGCGAUUACACUGGCUCGGUUGAUAACUUGGAACAUCACUACGUUUCUAAGCACAAGAAGAUAUGGAAAGAUGAUUGGUUCACUGAUGGCUGUUCUUUUACUGUUCUGAUGAACACCGGUGAUAAGAUGUGUAUUGCAAGAGAAGCUUCGACGAGAUUUCUGUUUCCGGUGCAGUGUUUUAGGAAGCCGUAUGGUGUUUAUGUAACUGUAAGCUGCAUUGCUCCACCUUAUCCAGAAGCAAAGAGGUUCUCAUAUGAUGUCUCUUACACUACAGAGGAUGGACACACUGUGGUUUACAAGUCACCAGAGGUGAAGAGGGUUCUUGAAGUGAGCUAUGAAACUCCUCAAGACAAUUUCUUGUUCAUCCCUCACACUCUGUUGCGUGGUGAUGAAUCGUUGGAGCUCAAGCUUUGCGUCGCGGAGCUGAAGUGA